AUGGGGAAUGCGGAAUCAAAUAACAAAAGCAGCCUGCUGAGAAAUUUUCAGUAUUUGAUAGUUGAAGAUAAAGAAAAGGGACCUGGAAGACCUCAACAUAAAUUAAUGUAUUUUGAUUAUUUGAAUUUUUUAAAAUAUGAGAUCGAUCAUGAAGCAUGGAAAUGGAAAAUAUAUAAAGAUUAUGUCACUAAAAGUGUCGGAGGUAGUACUCUUCCGGAGGACGAAAAAUUAUUUUGCGUAUGGAAAAAGAUACAAAAAGAAAUAUUCGAUAAACUAGAACAACAACUAAAACAUCCAACUCAAAAGAAAUAUAAGUGGGAAGAUGAUGUAUUACCUCUAAUAAAUAUAGGAGAAAAAAAAAUAGGUACUAUAACAAAUUGUAAUAAUAUAACGAUUAACCAUAAUGAUAUCGAAGAAUUGAAAAAAGAUGAGUUUCCAGCUCUAUCUGGAGGAACAGCACGUAAUUGUGCUUUAAAAACUGCACCAAAUUUACAUAUACCUUUACGUAGAAGAGCACUAUUAGUUAAAGGAAUAAAUGACUAUCUGGAAGAAAUUCACGAAGAAAUGACGAGCACAAAAACAUUAAAAGAUGUGAUAGAAGGUAGAUUAGAUCCUGCAACUCAAAGACGAAUUGUUGCUGUGGGUAUGAAAAAGAAAAUGAUUGAUGGGUUAGGUAUUGACUUUAGCAAACUUAUAAAAGAAAAAUAUAAAGAGACCGAGCAUACUGCAUUUUGUAAUGAAUGGUAUCUAACUAUGGAUGAUUACCAUACAUUAUUUUUAGGAAAAGAUAUAGUAGAGGAAAAUGAAACGACAAAAAUUCAAUGUACAAUAAAAAAAAUUGAAAACAAGGUAGGAAAAGCAACUGAUUUUCAAAAAGAAUGGAGCGCUUAUUUUAAAGAAAUUGUACAAGAUUUACAAACAACACAUUUGAAAGACCCCAAAACCCAAAAACCUUGUCAAAUUGACCGUAGUGAGAAAUCUCAAUGCGUUCGUUUCUUUCAGGAAUGGGCUGAAGAGUUUUGUAAAUUAAAAAAAGAUCUAGGAGAAAUGAUUUUAACAAAUUGUAAAGGUCCAAAUACUGCGAAUUCUGCAGAAUGUAAAAAUGUAUGUAAUAUAUAUACAAAAUUUUUAGAUGAGUCAAAAGGUUAUUAUGAGAAUUAUAAAAAAAUUUGUGCGGAAGAAGAAUAUGGAUAUGAUAAGAAAACAGAAUUACAAAAAACAUUCAUAGAUGCAGCUAUCAAUUCUAUGAAAGAAUGCUGUACUGAUUAUGGUCACUGUGAUGACAAAGAAUUAUUUAAGAUUGAUGCAGAUAAUAGUAAUAUUAGAUAUAAAUGUUUUUGUCCAGAUGGGGAAUAUAAAAAGCAUCCAAACACCGAUACAGAUAAUAAAUGUUCCCAAUACAAGGAUCCAAAUACUAUAGCAGGAACACAAUUGGGUCCCCCCACACUUAGUUCUUCGUCACAAAGUGUUGCUAGUGCCGCGUGUGGCGCAAACAGUGGUAGACCACCAAGUGCCACGGUAGAGGCUAUAGCGAAGAGUAUUCAGAGUAAUAUAGAGGAGGAAUCAAAAAAGGGUGGUAACGUUGGUCAUCUUGGUAAUAGUGAGUUGGAAGGAGAUAUAUCACAAGCGGAAUUUAAAAAUGGCGGACAAAAACUGAAUAAAAACGGUAUUUGCAAUCUUAAGAAAGAAGAACAUACUAAUGAUAAACGUCCAUAUGAAGCUAAUACUACUGAUGGUAGUAACAAACAUGAUGGACCAUGUACAGGCAAAGGUACAGGAAAAGGGAAAGAUAACCAUAGGUUUGCUGUAGGAUUAAAAUGGAAUAAGCAUCAGGAUGUUAAAGCACAACAUAAUGAUGUAUUAUUUCCUCCUAGAAGGUUAGAUAUGUGUACUUCUAAUAUAGAAAAUUUGGACCCUACUGCUAAAGGACUUAGUGAUGGUGAAAAAGCUAUCCAUUCAUUAUUGGGGGAUGUAAUGCUAGCAGCAAAAUAUGAAACAGAAAAAAUAAUAGAUCUUUAUAAACAAUAUAACCUAAAUGGCCAAGGUAGUCAGUUAGGCCCCCAAGAUAAGCAGACAAUAUGUCAAGCAAUGAAGUAUAGUUUUGCCGAUAUAGGUGAUAUUAUAAGAGGAAGAGAUAUAUGGACUGAAGAACAGGGUAAUAAACAGCUGCAAGAACGUUUGAAAAAAAUAUUUAAAAAUAUUCAAGACAAAGUUACUCAGGGCAGCACAUAUAAAAAUGACCCCGAUCCAUAUACGACAUUACGUGAAUAUUGGUGGGAAGCUAAUAGAAAACAAAUAUGGAAAGCUAUGAUGUGUGGCAACAACAACAUAUGUGAUACUAAACUACGCGUUAUGCCACCACACGACGACUACAUCCCGCAACGUCUACGAUGGUUAGCCGAAUGGUCCGAGUGGUAUUGCAAAAAACAGAAAGUGGAGUAUGACAAGGUGGUAAGUAAGUGUAGUGGGUGUAAGAAUGGAACUAAUGUAUCAUGUACUCAAUGUCCAAAAUGUAAAGAUGCAUGUGGUGAAUAUACUAAAUUUAUAACAGAUUGGAAAGAAGAUUGGCAAAAAAUGGAAGAACAAUACAAAACAUUUUACAAAAAUGCAACAGAAAAUGGUAGUACUGCUGGUAGUACUCGUAGUAAUGAUUUAAAUAAAGAUUAUUUGAACAAAUUUUUAAAACUACUACACGACAAAAACACCCAAAACAGUGCCUCUAAUAACCCAUAUACUACUGCUGAAGGAUAUAUACAGCAAGAACUAAAAAAUGGUAACGUUUGUGAAAAACAAACAGAAUUUUGUGAAAACAAAACUGGUGGUGCAAACAACGACAAAUAUACAUUUCUCACUCAACCUAGUGAUUAUGUUACUGCGUGUGGGUGCGAUAGUUCGACGCCAUGUCAAAUAGUGGAUACGAUACUUAGUGGUAAGGAUGGGACACAGGCAGUAGGUGGGUGUAAUCUAAAAUAUGAUCAAGCAAAACCAAAUCAAACUUAUCCUAAGUGGACAUGUGACGAUAAAAAUUUUGAAAAUGGUCAUAAAGAUGCUUGUAUGCCUCCAAGAAGACAAAAAUUAUGCUUACACUAUUUAGCAGAUACUACGCAAACAUCAAAUAUAACUAAACCCGGAGGUUUGAAAAAUGCUUUUAUCAAAUGUGCAGCAGCAGAAACUUUUUUACAUUGGCAAUAUUAUAAAGAACAUGGUGAUGGAAAAAGUAAAGGUUUAGACCAAAAAUUAAAAGAUGGUGAUAUCCCUCUUGAUUUUUUACGUUCUAUGAUGUAUACUUUUGGUGAUUAUAGAGAUUUAUGUUUGGAUAAAGAUAUAUCAACAAAAGUUGAAUCUAAGAAUAAGGAUGUGACAACAGCAAGAAAAAAUAUAGAUAGAAUUCUUAAAUCACAUAAUGGGAAGGACGAGCGUAAAAAUUUUUGGGACGAAAACGCCCAAUAUAUUUGGGAAGGGAUGCUCUGCGGGUUAUCACACACAAGUGGGAUCACGGAUGCGGAACGGACAAAUGUUCAACAACAACUAAAAGAUAAGUAUGGCUACGACACCGUGACAUUUGAUACCACCACUGGUAGUAGUACCACUAGUGGUAAAGCCACCAAACUCUCCGAGUUUGUCGGCAGGCCUCAGUUCCUACGAUGGCUAACCGAAUGGGGGGAAAACUUUUGUAAAAAACACAAGGCGCAGUUGGCCACGUUGAAGGAGAAGUGUGAGAAAUGUAAUGCUACUAAAGACACGAGUGGUAAAAUAACAUGUAACAAAACUGAUAAAGAAUGUUCAGAAUGUGAACCACAAUGUGAAAAAUAUAAAGCGUUUAUUACACAAUGGAAAGGUAAUUAUGAUAAACAAAAAACAAAAUACAAGACAAAAAAAGUUACAUAUCAAAAUUCUGAUAAUGACGUAAAAGAUUCAAAAGAAGCUCAUGACUACAUAAACAAACAAAUAAAAAAAAUAUGUAAUAAGAGUGAAAAUAAUAUUAGUUGUGAUUGUAUGGAAAAAAAGUCAGAAAAGUCUACACCACCACCAAAUAGUGAUAUGCCCCAAACGUUAGAUACCUAUCCCCCUGGUAACUACGAGAAUCAGUGUACGUGCGAACAGAAACCCCCUGAAAAACCCAAAUGUACUGGCAACAAAAUUCUUGAUGCGGCAAAUAUGAGACAACACGAGGUAGCGUCACGGUUACAUGAAAGUGGUGAUGGUGAUAAGUUAAGGGGAGAUUUAUCAAAGGCAGAAUUUAAAAAUAAAAAUACUAGUAAAGCACCUCAACUGGAAAGUUAUGAGUAUUGUAAUCUUGACAAAAAAAAACAUACGAAUGAUGUUAGAUACUAUAAAGAUGAUCCUACUGGAGGUGAUGAACAUCAUGGUCCAUGUACCGGAAAAGGUAAAGGAACAGGAACAGACACAGAGAACCAGAGAUUUAUUAUAGGUCAAGAAUGGAAACAUGGUACCGAUAAAGAAAUGCGUACGGGUCAUACUGGUGUCCUACUUCCUCCUAGACGUAAACAUAUGUGUACAUCAAAUUUAGAAAAUCUAGGAAACAAGGGUGGUGAACCCGAAUUACUAAAACGUGGUAAUGUUAACCACUCGUUCCUUGGCGAUGUCCUCUUGGCUGCCAAAUAUGAAGGUGACGAUAUCGUACACAAACUUAGUAGCAAGUCGGAUAUUCCAGGUAUAUGUAAUGCUAUGAAGUACAGUUUUGCCGACUUAGGUGAUAUAAUUAGGGGUAGGGAUCUAUGGGAAAAGAACGACGAUAUGAAGCAGUUGGAACAACACUUAGUCAAGAUAUUUGAGAGAAUACAACAAAAUCUUCCUGGUCCUACCAAAGACAAAUAUAAAAGUGGUUCCACUGAAACCCCCCCCUACAAAACAUUACGUGAGGCCUGGUGGAAUGCUAACCGCGACCAGGUAUGGAAAGCACUAACAUGUUCGGCGCCCACAACAGCCAAUCUGUUUAUACCAUCACGUGAUACCACUGAAAAAAAGUGGCAACAGUAUAUGUGCGGCCGCGAGUCGUAUGUUCCUCCAGACGAUUAUAUCCCGCAACGAUUGAGAUGGAUGACCGAAUGGUCCGAAAGUUAUUGCAAACAGUUGGAACGAAAUUUUUGGUGGGUCAAAGCAUUUUGUCAGGCGUGUCAAAAAAGUAUGAAGACCAAAGGGAAAUCGGAUACCACUGUGUGUGAGCGAUGUAGAGCUAACUGUAAAGUAUAUACUGAACAUGUUAAUAAAUGGAAAGGUGAUUGGACAAAACUAAACGAUCAAUACAAUGAAUUAUACAAUCCAAAUGGUAAAAGUGGUACUGAUGAAAUUAAGAAACAACAUGAAAAGUUUCUACAAGACAUAAAAGGCACACCCGAUUGUGAUGGUGCCAAAACCGAUACAAACAAAUAUGAUAGUCUUUCUGAUUAUGUUACAUCUAUGGGAGGAAGUACUUAUUGUAAUGAUACAACACAAAAUAAAUUUAAUGAGGAAAAGAGUGAGGAGCACGUUUUUCAACAAAAACCAAAGAAUUAUAAAACCGAGUGUGACGACACGAAGCAGAAACCACCUGGACAACCAAAGGGACCGAAAAAACCGGAUACAUCACAACCUGAUCCAUGUACUAUAGUUAAAGGAAUACUUGAGAAAAAUAAUGGAAACGAUCCAAUAGAUAGUUGUAAUCCAAAAACACAAAAUGGACAAGAAUAUCCUGAAUGGGAUUGCGAAAAUAAACAAAACCUAAUACAAACUGCUGAUAAAGGCGCGUGUAUGCCUCCGAGACGACAAAAAUUAUGCAUACAUGAUUUAACAGUACUUAAGGAUAAUGAUUCAAAAGAUAAAUUGAGAGAAGCAUUUAUAAAAUGUGCAGCAAAAGAAACGUUUUUCUCCUGGCAUUAUUAUAAAAAUAAAAAUGGAGGAACAAAUGGAGGUACGGAGCUCGAUGAGGAAUUAAAAAAAGGAAAUAUUCCUCCUGAUUUUUUACGAUCCAUGUUCUUUACAUAUGGAGAUUUUAGAGAUUUAUGUUUAGGAAAAGAUAUAGGUAUUUCUGAUGAUACUAAAAAAAUAGGACAGACGGUUGAGAAAAUUUUAAACAAUAGACAAACACCUGAAGAUUGGUGGGAUGAUAAUGGUUUAGAUAUAUGGAAAGGUAUGUUAUGCGGGUUAUCAUAUGCUAUCAAGGACCAGAGUGAGCAAAGCCAAGUUCAGAAUAAACUUACCACAAAAAAAGAAUACCAAUACGACUCUGACAAUUUAAAUUUCGGAAUAACUAAUUAUAUCCUCUACGCUCAUACAAUUCCUCAGUUUUUACGAUGGUAUACUGAAUGGGCUGACGAGUUUUGCAUAGAACAAUCGAAACAGUUCGUACAAUUAUAUGAAAAAUGUAAAACAUGUAAUGGUAAGACUGGUGGCAAAACAACAUGUACGAAUAAAGGAGACUGUGACAAGUGCAAACAACAAUGUAAAAAAUAUACAAAAUUUAUUGAGAAGUGGGGAAAUCAUUACAAAGAACAACAAAAAAAAUUCGACACAGAAAAAAAUUCCAACACCUACCAAUAUGUACCCCUUGUGGAUAGUAACACCCCUGCCUAUCAAUAUUUAUAUGAAUCAUUAGAAUUACUUGGAUUACAUAAUAAUUGUAUGCAACACACAUCAAAAAUUACCACUAAUGUUGGUAUGCCGCAAGCGUUAGAUCAAUACCCGCCAGAUAAAGACGAGUAUGAGAAGAAAUGUACAUGUGUGGAGGACACAACAACACCUGGUAGUGUUUCACCUGGUGGUAAAGCUGGUCCUGAUGGUGGUAAACCACAAGGUGGUGGAAAAACACCAGAUGUUAGCCCACCUGGCCCUGUCGGACCAGGUGGUGGUCCUAGCCCAAAUCCCGAUCCUAGUCAUCCUGGGAGUAGUACUGCCACUAAGGAGGCGUGCGACAUAGUGAAAGAAAUAUCUUGGAGUACGGAUGAAACAAAGACAAUAGAAGAAUGUAAUCGAAAAGACAAAACAUUACCUUAUCCUCCAUGGAAAUGCGGAGACCAACAUAAAGAUUUAGUGAAUGACGACAAGGUAUGUAUGCCUCCUAGAAGACAGAAAUUAUGCAUAAAUAAUUUAACAAAACUUGAUCCUACAAAACAUACAAAAGAAGAUUUGAGAGAAGCAUUGCUCAAAUGUGCAGCAGUAGAAACAUUUUUCGCGUGGAAUUAUUAUAAGACUCAGAAUGGGGGAAAAAAUGGAGGUACACAACUCGAUGAGGAUUUAAAAAAAGGAAAUAUUCCUCCUGAAUUUAAACGUCAAAUGAUGUAUACAUUUGGAGAUUUCAAAGAUUUAAUAACAGGAAACGAUUUAGGUAAUCAUACAGGUAAUAACGAUAUAAAGAAAAAAGUAAAAGAUAUUUUAGAAAAAGACAAACCUGGUGGCCAAGCUGGUGGACAACAACCUGAAGAUUGGUGGAAUUCUAUUGAAAAAGACGUAUGGAAAGGAAUGUUAUGUGCUCUAAAACAUGCAAGUGGUAGUAAAGACGACAAAAUUAAAACCAACAACGCGUUUGAUACUGUGACAUUUGAUGGUAAAACCAAAGUGUCCACGUUCGCCGACAGACCGCAAUUCCUUCGCUGGAUGACCGAAUGGUACGACGAUUACUGUAAACAGAAACACACAAAAUUGGAAGCCGUUAUGUCGGCGUGUAAGCCACAAAGUGGUAUCAAAUGUGAUAGUGACUGUGAUAAGUCAUGUCAGGAUUACACAACAUUUAUGGGGAAGAGAAAAGAACAUUGGGAAAAACAAAGUAAAUACUAUAGUACCAAAAAAAGUGGAACCAACCCCCCUAGCGAUUAUGAUAAAGACGAUGCAAAAGAUUAUUUAAAACAUCAUAUUACUUUCACAUGUGGUGAUACAUCUAGUGGUACUACAUCACCUAGUGGUAAUAACCCAGUGGAAAAUAACAUCGACGCGUUGACACCACAAGCGUCACCGUAUUAUGAUGCCGAUGUGUAUUGUGGGUGCAAGAAAUAUAUAGAUGAGAGUGAAUAUAAAACGAUUUCGGGACAAAGUAAUUGUGGGGGUUUACAAAAUAAAGCAAAUGGAUCAAAUGGGAUUAAAUGGGAUAGUGCUGGGGGAGGAUAUAGCUAUUUGAAAACCAGUGGAUUAUCUGAAAAUGUAUUUAUACCUCCUAGAAGACAACAUAUAUGUUUUAAAAAUCUUGACGAAUCUAAAGAAGUUAAAGAUAAAAGUUCGUUGCUAAAACAAUUGUUGAAAGAUGCUGCAACUGAAGGAUAUAAUUUAGGUCAAUACUACAAAGAAAAAGAUGAAAAUAAAAAUGAUGAAAAAUAUAAAUAUGACGUUGAACCUUGUAGAGCAAUGAAAUAUAGUUUUCUUGAUUUGAGAGAUAUAAUAUUAGGAACUGAUAAUUUGGAACCACCAGAUAAAGGGACAGAAACAAAUUUGAAAACAAUAUUUGAAAAAGUGAAAACAGAAACUGGAGGCAGUGAUAUACAUACAGUACGCAAACAGUGGUGGGAAAACAACAAAAAAUGUGUCUGGGAAGCAAUGAAAUGUGGCUAUAAAAGUGGCAGAGAUGGAAAUAGUGGUACUACAGAAAGUGAAAAAGACCUACAAAAUUGUGGUAAAGACCCCCCUAGUGAUAAAGAUUUCCCACUUGGUGAUGACCGUGAAAGUGGUAAAAACCUCCAGUUUUUGAGAUGGUUUGCCGAAUGGGGCGAAGACUAUUGUGGUCACUACACGAGGGAAUUGGAAACACUACGUACGGAGUGUCCAGAUACUACGUGCACUGGAGGUGAUCCGAAUCAGAAACAAAAGUGUAAUAAAGCGUGUGAAAAUUAUACAAAAUUUAUUACACAAUGGAAAGAGCAAUAUGAAAAACAAAAAACCAAAUUUGAUGCAGUUAAAAAUAAACCAGAAAUAAAAAAAGCACAUAAAGAUAUUGAAAACAAAACAGCAUAUGAAUUUCUAAAUGAAAAAUGUUUCAAUAACAGUUGUGAUUGUAUGAAAGAAAAAUCCACGACUUCACCUAGUGAUGACAUCCCCAAAUCUUUGGAUGACGUUACAAAAAGUGACUACCAAAAACAGUGUGAGUGUCAACAAGUGGUACCAACACCUGCUCCACCAAAUCCAAAUCCAGCACAUCCAGCACAAAACCCAAAAGGCACCGACCAAGGACAAAACCCAUCACAACCUGGUGGUGCUAGUCAACCUGAUGGUACACCUGUUUCUCCUGGUGGUAGCCAUCAACCUAGUGGUCCCGUUAGUCCCGUUAGUCCCACAAAACCUCCAGAAAAUAUGAAUUGUGUUGAGGAAGCGGCAAAUAAAAUUAGAGAAGAUGUGGUAAAUAAAGUGGAUAGUAAAUUGAAAGGGGAUAGUAACAAUAUUAAUGGUGAUUGUAACAAAAUAGAGGCAGCCAUUAAAGAUAAUAAUGGUAAUAAAACAAUUGAUAAAGAUAAAUUGACGAAACAAUUCCCAGAGAUUGAAAAUUCAUGUGAAAAUGUUGGAAAAGAUCGUUUUAAUGUAGAAAAAAAAUGGAAUUGUGUAAAAUUAGGAAGAACAGGAAAAGAUAUAUGUAUUCCUCCAAGAAGAGAACAUAUGUGCAUAAAGAAAAUAAACGAUAUGAUGAGUUUUAAUGUUCGUGAUAAAGAUGAAUUGUUGAAAGAAGUCAUGAAAGCAGCACAAGAAGAAGGAAUAGAUAUAUUAAGAAAAUUGAAACUAGAAAACCAAAAUGAAUUUUAUAAUAUAUGUGAUGCUAUGAAAUAUAGUUUUGCAGAUAUAGGAGAUAUUAUAAGAGGUAGAGAUUUACUGAAUAAAGAUCCUAAACGACAACGAGGAGUAGAAACGAGAAUGAAAAACAUAUUUGGCAAAAUAUACAGCUUGAAUCAUUAUAAUGAGCCUCAAUAUAUGUAUGACCCAACACAUUUAAAAUUACGAGAAGCGUGGUGGAACACAAAUAGAAAAGAGGUAUGGAAAGCUAUGACCUGUGUUGCUCCUGAUGAUGCAAAAUUUCAAAAAAAAGACACAAAUGGAAAUAUAACAUCGUCAGACGUUAAAUGUGGAUAUAAUGUAACCACUCCUGUUGAUGAUUAUAUUCCUCAAAAGUUUCGUUGGUUAACUGAAUGGAGCGAAAAUUAUUGUAAAGCGAAACAUGAAGUUGUGAAAAAAUUAAAAGAUAAAUGCGUGAAGUGCACUAAAAAUUCGUCAUGUGAAGAUGAUGAUACUGAUGGAACCAAAUGUAAAGAAUGUAAAAAAACAUGUGAAUCAUUAAGUAAGUUUGUUCAACAGUGGAAAGAACAAUUAAAUAUACAGUCGUCUAUAUACAAAGAAUUGUAUAAAAAAGCAAAUAAUAGUGGUACUCCUCCCUCUAGUGAUGACCAAGAUACAAAGUUUUUACAAAAAGUGAAAGAAAAAUGUACUGACAAGACAAAAACGACAGAAGAGUAUCUUGACAAAACAAAUAAUUGCAAAGAAUAUAAAUUUACCAAUAAUAAUAAUGAUGAGACUUAUGCUUUGAACGAAAAACCUCCAAAACAAUAUGAAGAUAAAUGUGAAUGUACAGUUCCUGAUCCUUUAGAACAAUGUCCUAGUGAUCAAACUACAUAUAGCAAAAUAUGUACCAAUAUGACUAUUAAAAGAACAUGUGACACCAAACAUUUUAAUAAUGAUCUGAAUAAUUGGACUUCUGACGACGUGAAAAAUACAAUACCUAACCAUAAAGGUGUGUUAGUUCCUCCUAGAAGAAGAUAUUUAUGUCUUAAAUAUAUAACUAGAAACUUAGAUUCAACAACAAAUAAAGAUAAUUUCAAAAAAAUACUUCUUGAAUAUGUCUUCAAUGAAGGAUACUAUUUAUAUGAUAAAUAUAAAAACCAACCUGAAAAAGCAUUACAAGCUAUGAAAUAUAGUUUUGCGGAUUAUGGAGAUAUAGUUAAAGGAAAUGAUAUGAUAGAAGGAAGAAUUGUCGAUGAAUUAAAUGAAAAAUUAAAAAAAAUAUUUCCAAAUAAUGAUGGUUCAUCUACUAAUUCUACUGAUAAUCGUAAACAAUGGUGGAAUAAUAAUAAAAAACAUGUAUGGCAUGCUAUGUUAUGCGGAUAUAAAUCACAAAACAAAAAUAAUGGACACGUUGACUCGACAUGGUGUAAUGUACCUUCUGAUGAUAACACUGAUCAAUUUUUGAGAUGGUUAGAAGAAUGGGCAAAAAUAUUUUGUAAAGAAAAAGUAGAUGAAGCAAAAACAGUUGUAGACGAAUGUAUAAAAAAAAAUAAUAUAAAAGACGCCAAAACAAUUAGUGAUAUAAAAGACACAAACUGUAAAAAAUUAUUAAGUACAUAUCGAGAUUGGUAUUUAAAUAGAAAUACACAAUGGAAUGGAUUAAAGGAAGCAUAUCAAAAAUAUAAAACAAAUAAUGGUUCUUCCGGAAACUCACAACAACUACCAUCAGAAAAAGAUGCUGAAGACUAUGUGAAAAAAAAAUGUCCUGAAUGUAAUUGUAAAUAUGAUGAUUUACAAAAAAUAUCUCAAUAUGAAAAAGACGCUGAAAACGUAUAUAAAGAAUUAGUUUUAAAAGCUAAAAUUGAUACUUUUGAUUUUACGAAAAAACUAUUUUACAAUCUUUUUACUCUUGAUGGAAAAGGUCCAGAAAUUGUAAAGAAUGUUAUUCAAGCUACUCCAAAAAUACUUCCUAAAGUUAUGGACUUUGCAAAAGAUGUUGGAAAAGAUGCAGCAAAAAUUGGAAUAGGAACUGGUAUGAUAGCUGGAACAAGUGUUUUUAAUGGAAUACAACAUAUCAUUAACUCAAUUACAAAUAGUUCCCAACAUCCGCAACCUCCACCUCCACCACCCCCUGUAGCGCCCCUAGUACCUGGUGGAAAACAAACCCCCCAAUCACCAAUAACCCCCCCAACUAGUGGUAAAAACCCCAAUAACCUGGUGACAUCCACCAUUGUUCCCCCAGUGGGAAUAAGUUUUGUAUUAGGUUCGAUUGCUUUGUUAUUUUAUUAUAUGAAGUAA